UGUUAUGAACACUGCGGUGGUAAGAUCUUGUUGGGAGUGAAGUAUUUGACCCACACGGUACGCUGUCUGAUGAUGAACUGUCCUCCUACGUUGCUGAUUCUCCCUACCAGCCGUUGGGUUUCGUCUGUCCAACGUAACUUUUCGGCUGGGUUUUUCCCAGAGUUUUUUACCUGAAAUCAGAGUCAUUAGGUUUACAGCUCGGGGAGGACAUGUAAUUCAGAAUUUCCUAAAGAAGGGAAUGGGCCUGUCCGAACUCAAAUUCCGCACUCAAAAUUCCGAACAGUAAGUAAGUUGUAACUCCUAUAUAGGCGAUCAGAUUGAUUUCAGAUUCUAUCAAUAGUAAUGAAAUUUCCCUAAGUUUUCUAUGAUACACAUAACGUGUUGAGAAAAAUCUUGGUAAAAAUAAUGUUAACUAUAGAAGUGUUUUCGUGAUCUACUAUACGUAUUGCGAAGAAAUUUCACUUAUGACGUCAUUAAUAUAAUUUUCGAUGAUAGCUUUCGAUCGUUGAAUGAUUUUUCUUUCGAUAUCGAAUUAUUUGAUUGCAAAUGAGCUUUCGAAGAAACACGUACAUACACGGUCGACGGCUGUUUGUGUGCCUUGUUCCUAGAUUGUGAAGCAGAUCGAAAGAGAAAGUAAAAGUCUGUCGUAAGAGCGUAAACCAACUUUAUAACCGACUACAACGUAAUGUGUUAGUCGCUGGAUGACUGCGAUACAAGGAACGUCCUAUGCGAUAAAUCUUCAGUUCUGUUCUAAUUGUCUUCGUUUCGUACACGGUAAAACGAUUUUCUGGCAAGAAGUAGAAGAAAAAUCGCGUCAACAACGAUGUGGGGGAGUCUUGGAAAACGAAGAACCUUGAGAUUUUGUAUUUUGAUACUUGUCUGUUGGUUCGAUUUAUCGAUCGGAUUACCCGUGGAACAACCAACCAGAUUCACCUUAAAUACGGGAGAUACGAAUUCGAGAAAUGUUGCUACAAGGAUAGUGUCUAAUUACGCGCCAGGCGAGGUUUUGGCCAGCGAGACACAGACCAUGGCGACAGUGGUAGUGCAGAAAUCGGUGGCCUUGAACUACGAACCAAUAUCCUCGGCAACGACCCAGUAUCCGCCAGUUACGAACACUCGACCAAACGCGCGCGAAACUGUGAGAUUGGAGAACGAAACUGCGCAAAGUCUCUUAGAAAAGCCAAUUUCGAAACCUAUCGCGAACGUUUUGGAAUCUUUCCUUAAUCCUACACCAUUGGUCGAUGGUAUCAGAGAGGAGGAAAAAUAUGGAAACUCUGGGGACAAGUUUAUCGGCAUUGGUCGGACUCUGGUCGAUGGAUUCGAGAAGUUUAGCAAUUUUCUGAACGGUGUCGUUGACUUUCCACGCAAGACUGUCAAAACGAGUACCCAGGAAAUCACAGACUUUUUAAAUAAAAUAGGAGCUCGUCUGGUCGGAUUAGAGUAAUGUAAAUAUCAUAAUUUAUAAGAUCGUCUUAUUCGGUGUUCUAAUUGUCUUUUUUUUGUUUUGUUUUGUUACUCGAAUAAACUUGUUUGUUUUUUACUGUGUCGUUUUAUGAAACACAAAGUGAUUUUCCCGCCAGUUGAUUAGAAAAACA